UAGGGUUCUUGAGCCGGGCGAUUCCGGGAAAGAGCGCUGGACGCUUCGGGAGAAUGCGAGCUCGUCUCUCUCCUUGGAGCUGUGGGGAAAUCUCUGAUUGAUGGAGGCUGUCGGCGUCCCCGUCUGGCAAGUGAUUACGCUCGUCACGAUCCUCUCUUGGCUGCGAUUCUCCAGCUUCACCAAUCUCACCCUGCGCGCCCGAUCUAUUCUCCAGCCGCUGGUGACGCAGCGGGUUCUCAAGGGGACUGAGACGAUCCUUCACAUCCAGCGUUCCAAGAAUCCAUUCUGGGAUGUCGUGUUUGCCGUCGCAUCCUCGGUGGUAUCGGUGGAGUUCUACACUGCGUUUCUCCCGCUUCUCUUCUGGUGUGGCCAGACGAGGCUUGCGAGGCAAAUGACGAUCCUUAUGGCUGUUUGCAUCUACGUUGGGAAUUGUGUCAAGGACGUUGUCUCGGCCCCCCGGCCAGCAUCUCCUCCGGUCAGGCGUCUCACUGCCAUUAAAUGCGAGGAGGAGUCCGCCAUGGAGUUUGGACUCCCCUCUUCUCACACUAUCAACACAAUCUGUUUAUCACUGUAUCUCUUUAAUUACUUCAUGAACCACCAGCAGUUUCCAAGCGAUUCUCGCGUGUGGUGGCUUGUGUUGGGAAUCAUCUGCCUCGUGAUUGUUCUUGUUGCUUACGGGAGACUUUACUUGGGCAUGCACACGCCCAUCGAUGUCUAUGCGGGGAUUCCCAUUGGCUUGUGCCUAUUGAUGUUUUGGUGCUGCGUUGACGAUCAUAUCGACCAAUUUGUCACGGAGGGUGAAAACGUUCUUCCGUUCUGGACAAGCAUGUCAUUUCUCGUUCUCUUCGCGUAUCCAAGGCCAGAAUACAAGACACCAAGCUUUGAGUUUCACACUGCUUUCAACGGCGUCGUACUGGGAGUGGUAUAUGGAUCACACAGAUUCUACUCGUAUGGCCAAACGACGGCCCUCUCAAUCUCAACACUCCAGGACACGCUCAACUUAAUCCUCAGACUCGCGAUUGGAUUUCCAGUCGUUCUAGCUGUCAAGGAGCUGUCCAAGGAGCUCGCAAAGCAGCUACUUCCGUGGGUAUGCCGAGCCUUCUUCGUCCCCAUCUAUUCCUCUUCCUACGUCCCGCCGCUGCAAGAAAAGGCGAAGAACAGCGACAAGAAGAGCUCUCCCCGCGACGAAGAGACGAGAAAUUUGUGGCUAAGGCUGCUGCCUGUGAUCGAUGAAGAUCACUUGGACGUGGACACGGGCAUCCGGCUUUUGCAAUACGCUGCUCUUGGAUGGUCAGUCGCCGAGCUCGCUCCUUCCAUUUUCCAGUACCUGGGAGUUUAGGAGCCACCACGAAGAAUCUCUUUUUUUUCGUCCGGGAGGAUGAUCGUGGUGGAAGAAAAGCUCUCGCUGGAAUGUUUGUACCAUAGUCGCAACUUUGAUCAUAAGAAAGUCUUUGCAAUC